AGGAGUCCUUCUUUGUGGGCAGAAAGGUGCAGACUUGUUAUAAGUCUUUCAACACCUAAUUAUCAAAAGCAAAUUGCAGAGUUCGAGAGUAGUCUGGAUCUGUUGAUUUUUAUAAUCUAUGGAAACAAGUCCCUUCAUCUGAAAACUUGUACGCACCUUGAUUAUUCCAUCAUUCGGUCUGGAUUUGUUGACGAUAAGUGCAAACAAGUGCCCUCAUGACCUGACAGGCUUCCAUGUAACUGCUGCUUGCUUCAGAUCAUGCCCAAUAUUUGUGCAACGGUGCAAGUUUCGAGUCUUGAAGCGUAGGGUUGCAAGAAUUCCCCCCUGCAGUUACGGGUGAACCUGAAAACAGCAUACAAGAUAGAGAACUGGAACUCUGGUUGUGGUAGGAACAAGCCGGCUCCUUGCUAUUUUUAGUUUAGAUUGGACUCUCAUCACGGCAUUGUAAUCUGCUCUUGCUGCUGCGAUUAAUCUAACGGUUCUGAGGCGUUGCAUUUGAAUCAAGACUUCGAUCAAGCUUCCAAAUCUCCAAGGAACUAGUCUUUGACUGUUGAUCUUCCCUUCGUCGAGUCUGUAUUUGUUGAUCAUAAGCGGAGUCAGAUUUGAACUUCCCUCUCUUCACCUCAAUAUUGCUCAAGAACGCUUCCUUAUUUCUUUGGUUGCUUGGAGUUCUCAGCGCUCCUAAGAUGCCACUUGGAGAGGUUUUUCUUGCGGCGUUUCUACAGUUGCUGCUUGACAGGUUGACCCCUCGCGACAUUCUCAACUACUUUGGAAACUUCCGGGGUGUUGGAAAGAAGCUGGAGAAGUGGAGGGCCACGUUAACUACAAUCGCAGCAGUGCUGAGCGACGCCGAUGAAAGACAACGGACUGACGAUGCUGUAAAACUAUGGCUCAAUAAUCUCAGAGACCUUGCUUAUGAUGUCGAAGACAUGUUGGACAAAUUUGCGACUCAAAUGUUGAAGCGCACGAUAGAGGGACGUGAUCAAGCCAGCACGAGCAACAAGGUGCGAAACUCACUUUUCAAAAUUAAAUUGAAUUGGAAUAUGAACUCCGAAAUGAAGAAGAUUACGGAGCGGUUACAAGACAUAUCUGACCGAAAAGUUAAGUUUAGCUUGAAAGAUACUGGGACGUCUGCUAAGGAAUCGCGAAGUCUACCAUGUUCAGGCGUGUUAGAUGAAAAGCUUCUUGUUGGAAGAGAUGGUGACAAAGGGAAGAUUAUUGAAUUGUUGAAAAAGUCUACCAAUUUUGGUGUGGUUGCUAUAGUUGGCAUGCCCGGAGUUGGGAAGACGACACUUGCUCAACUUGUAUUCAACAACAAAGAUGAUGCCAUGAAGGAGUUUGAGCUCAAGGUCUGGGUAUCUGUGUCCGAUGACUUCGAUGUUGUGCGAGUGACAAAGGCAAUUCUUGAAUCAAUGAAACCCCUACCCGUUCAAGUGGAGGAGUUUAGUAAAAUGCAGCAUGAUUUGAGUGAGCAAUUAAGAGGAAAAAAGUUUUUAAUCGUUUUAGAUGAUGUUUGGAACAAAGGUGACCGUGAUCUAAACGAUCUCUGGUUAAGACUUAAAUCCCCUUUUGGCGUCGGAGCAGGAGGAAGUAAGAUUAUUGUGACAACCCGUGAUUUAAAUGUUGCAAAGAUUAUGGGAGCCACUGGAUUUCAUAAUUUGGAAUGUAUGGCAAAUGAUGAUUGUUUGGAAAUAUUUGAGCGACAUGCAUUCGGGGAAGUUAAUAGUGGAAAACCAGUAAAUUAUGAGUUAAUUCGGACAAAAAUUGUUGAAAAAUGUUGUGGCUUACCAUUAGCUGCGAGGACUCUCGGUGGUCUUUUACGUUGCAAAGAAACAGAUGAGUGGGGAGAAAUAUUGGACAACAAACUAUGGAAUCUCGCAGAUAACUGUAACCUUCCCCGCGUACUAGAGUUGAGCUAUCACUAUCUUCCAUCACAUUUGAAGAGGUGUUUUGCCUAUUGCUCAAUACUUCCAAAUGACUACGAAUUUGGGGAGAAGCAGCUCGUCCUUUUGUGGAUGGCAGAGGGUUUGAUUCAACAAAAACCUGACAACAAUAAACAAAUGGAGGAUUUGGGCCGCGACUACUUUCGAGAGCUAUUAGCAAGGUCGCUGUUUCAAGAAUCAAGCAAAAACAAUUCACGAUAUGUAAUGCAUGACCUCGUUUCUGAGUUAACACGAUGGGCUGCAGGAGAAAUAUGUUUUAGGUUGGAAGAUAAGCAAGGUGAUAACUUGCAAAGCACUUGCUUUCGAGGGGCUCGCCAUUCGUCUUUCAUUGCUGGUGAAUUUGAUGGAGUUAAGAGAUUUGAGGACUUUCCAAAAGCUGAACGUUUGCGAACAUUCCUGCCACUUUCGCUUUCAUAUUCCACGGGAUGGUUAAAAUUUUUGUCUCGUCAGGUUACUUUUAAGCUAUUACCACAGUUGCAAUACUUACGAGUGCUCUCGUUCAAUGACUACAAAAUAACUGCGCUGCCAGAGUCAAUCGGUGAUUUGAGGUUGUUACAGUAUCUUGACCUUUCCUACACAUAUAUAACUAGUUUGCCUAAAUCGAUAAGUACUCUUUACAACUUGCAGACAUUGAUAUUGGAACACUGUUACUAUUUGAAGUCAUUGCUUGCGGACAUGAGUAAUUUAAUUAAUUUGCGCCAUCUCAACAACUCAUAUGUAUCUUCGUUGGAAGGAAUGCCUCCAAAUCUAGGUAGCUUGGUGAAUCUCCAAUCUUUGCCUAAUUUUGUGGUCAGUGGUGGAAGUGAUCAAUCAGGAAUAAGAGAGAUAGGGCCCCUAUCGCAUCUCCGAGGGACAUUGUGCAUCUCAGGAUUGGAGAAUGUGACUGAUGUCGAGGAUGCCAGGAGGGCCAACUUGAAAUGCAAGGAGAGGCUUGAUUCGUUGGUCCUAAAAUGGUCUCAUUCAAGCGACACGAGAGAAACGGAAUCCGUUGUGCUUGACAUGUUAGAGCCUCAUACAAAGCUCAAGGAGCUCACCAUCAAGAGUUAUGCCGGAGAGGAAUUUUCAUCAUGGGUUGGAGGUCCUUUGUUCUCUAAUAUGGUGCUUGUGUGCUUACAGAAAUGUAACAAUUGUUUAUCGUUGCCUCCUCUCGGACAAUUGCCUCAUCUCAGGGAACUUUAUAUUAGUGGAAUGAAUGCAGUGGAAAGUGUUGGUGCUGAGUUUUAUGGAGAGCGUAUGUUGCCUUUUCCGGUAUUAGAGACUCUUGAGUUUGUGGAAAUGCAGCAUUGGAAGGAAUGGCUUCCUUUCCAAGCCGAUCACGAAGGUGGUGCUUUCCCUUGCUUGAAAACACUCUUAGUAAAAAAAUGUUCUAAACUGGAGGGUAAACUGCCAGAGAACCUCAAUUCUUUAGCUAAGCUUAAAAUUGUUGAAUGUGAAGAAUUAGUGGUUUCAAUUGCCAACUGCAAACAACUUCGUCAAUUAAACAUUGACGGUUGUAAAGUGUUGGUGCAUACAGCUGCUAAGGUUGAGUUUGAGUUGUUAGAGUCCUUGUGCCUUUCAAACAUUUCGGAGAUGAUGUCUCUGCAAACAGGGGAGUUGUUGAAGAAGGGAUUAACCAAGGUUAGAGAUUUGAAGAUCAGUGGAUGUGAGGAGGUGACGUCUUCACUGAAGAAUGAGGAGGGUAGAUUAUUGCAGCAGUUGACUUCUCUUGGCAGUUUGGAAAUUGAAGACAACUCUCGUCUAGUUGAAGAAUUGGGAAAAGAAGCUGAGGAGUUGCAAAUAUCGGAGUGCAAGCUUGAAUUUCUGGAGUUAAAAAAGUGCGAAAAUCUUUCGAAGCUACUAAAAGGAUUAAAUCAGCUGUCGUCUCUUCAAGAGCUUCGCAUACACGAAUGUUCAAGUCUAGUUUCUUUCCCAGAUGUUGGUCUACCUUCUCUUAAAGACAUCCAGAUUACAUCGUGCGAUUCGUUGAUAUAUUUUGCAAAAUUCCAGAUUCCCCAAAAUCUCAGAAGAACAGAGAUAAAAGAUUGCAAAAGUUUGAAAUCACUAGUAGAUGAGGAGGCUGUUGGUUCUUCUUGGUCGUCUUUUUCUCAUAGUUGUCUUGAGUAUUUACGUAUCCGAGGUUGUGAAUCUCUGAUGUCGUUAUCAUUGAGUGGCCAGCUUCCCAGGACACUUAAACACCUUGAUUUAGAGAAUUGUGACCGACUGGAGCUAAUCGCAGGGGACGGGUUCUUCCGCGACAACACUAAUGAUUGUCUUGAAUAUAUUAGGAUCUGGAAUUGUCAAAAUCUGAAAUCCUUACCGGAUGGCUUAUGCCACCUCAGCAAUCUUCAAACUCUAGGUAUUGGGAACUGUGGAAGUCUUGUUUCCAUCCCGAGACUGAGUGGGGGGAGAAGACCCUCCAACCUGAGAAAGAUCUGGAUCAUCGGAUGCAACAAAUUGGAGGCGUUGCCCGAAGACAUGCACAAUCUCAACUCUCUUGAGGAAUUGAGCAUCGACUACCGUGAAGGUUUGACUUUUCCUCCCAACCUAACAUCACUUGAAAUUGGGAAGGUCAAGAGCUGCAAGUCAUUGUGGGAGUUGGAGUGGGGGUUGCACAGACUCACCUCUCUUAGGGAGUUGGGAAUCCGUAGUACAGACCCGGAUACGGUGUCGUUUCCACCCGACAUGGUACGGAUGGAGACGCUCUUCCCCAAAUCUCUCACUAACCUCUCAAUAGAUGGCUUCCCGAAUCUGAAGAAACUGAGCAGCAAGGGCUUUCAAUUCCUCACCUCCCUUCAAUCUCUGGAUCUUUCCAAUUGUCCAAAGCUAGCAUCCAUUCCAGAGGAGGGUCUGCCUCCUUCACUAGAGCGACUUACCAUAUAUGAGUGUCCAGUGCUAAAAGAGAGAUGCCAACCAGGAAAAGGACGCUACUGGCACAAAAUAUCCCACAUCCCUUUCAUAUGGAUAGAUUAUAAGCAGAUGUGAAGCUGAUGGUCCAGGUUUUGGGGGUUGAGGAGGAGUGGCUGCUUUGGGAGGCCUUCAAUUGGCGACAUCCUGGAUAUUUCUCGGCCAACGUUUCUUCUCUCGGAUUCCUAUGUUUGCUUGCUUCCUUUUUACUUAUCUUUACUAAUUAAUGCAAUCCUCUUUGUCAAUAAAAAAAUGGUAAAAAAACAACUUAGUCUUCUAUCAUACAAAAAAAAUGAUGGACAAUAAUGUAGUUUGAUUUUCACAACUACUACAUCUUAUAUUUUUAGUCUCGGUCAUUCAUUUUCUGUAACACUCAAUCCUACGUGCUAUUCCAUCAACAUAGAUAGCAAGGUGAUAUGAAGCUGAUGGGAGGCCUUCAAUAGGCGACAACCCAGAUUCCUAUA